AUGGCGAUUCCCACCAGAGCCCAGGGCUGUGUCUCAAAGGGACUCCUGCUCUCAGCCUCAGUCCUGGCCCUCUGGACCCUCCAGAACUCCCAGGCAGCCCUCCACAUCCAGAAGAUUCCAGAGGAGCCUCUAAAGAACCAAGACCUCCUCCUGUCUGUCCAAGGUAUCCCAGGCAACUUCCAGGACUUCAACUGGUACCAGGGGGAGAAGACUGAUGGAGGCACCAUGCUGUUCUCCUACAUUCCAGGCCUGAAGCGGCCCCAGAGGGACGGCAGCGCCAUGAAGCAGCGUGACAUCGUUGGCCUCGCCAACGGCUCCAUGCUGCUGCGCCACAUCCAGCCCAACGACAGUGGCCUCUACCAGGUGGUCGUCACCAUCAACCCCUCCUGGACCAUGAAGGCCAAGACCACAGUCCAGGUGAUGGAAAAGCAUGAGCAGCUGUCCAAGACCCACAUUCCCGUGAACAUGGGCAUCAUGGUGGCCAUCGUCAUUGGCUCUCUCGCUGCUGGGGCCCUCCUCAUUGGCUGCUUUGCCUAUUUCCUGAUAAUGAAAGGCUGGAAGAGCCGGAACCACAGGCAGUACAACCCCUUGUCCCUUGCUUCAGGAGAUGACAACAACAUCUACGAGGUGAUGCCAUCCCCCAUGCUCCUGGUGUCCCCCCUCAGGGACACGAGGCCCACAAACCCAGCCACGCACCCACCUCUGCCCGCACCCCUGCAGCCGGAACCAGAGAACCAUCAUUACCAGGACCUGCUGAACCCCGAUCCUGCCCCUUACUGCCAGCUGGUGCCAGCCCCUUGA